CCGGCGGGGUUCUGGACAUCCAGACCCUCGAGUGAAUCAGUGUGUCGGGCGGAAUAAAUACGAGUGCCCGGCGGUUGUGUUGCUGGGUGGUUCGGGUGCUAGCGUUACAUAAUCUCGCCGCUGCGAUUCAAAUGGCUCCACUUUCCAGUGUCACUGUGGUUCUUCUCGAGCUGUCGUUUCACUUGACCAAAACGAAAAAUGCAUUCAUCACGAGAUGUGAUCCAAAAUCCACAAUGUGUGAGGACAUUUAAGAACAAUUGAGUAAGGAAGACAAAUUCUUGAUUCCAGUGGAAUCUUCCAUAUAUAUAUUAUUAUUAGAUUUUUUUUCUCUGUGUUAAAGCGUACAUACAUUUACAUACACACUCGUCCGAUCAACAUACAACCAUGCCAGUGCAAGCACCACAAUGGACAGAGUUCCUGCUGUGCCCGAUCUGCACACAGACAUUUGAGGAGACUGUUCGCCGGCCCAUCAGCUUGGGCUGUGGACACACUGUCUGCAAGAUGUGCCUGAACAAGUUGCACCGUAAGGCCUGUCCCUUUGACCAGACAGCCAUCAGCACAGACAUCGAGCAGCUACCUGUGAACACUGCCCUGUUGCAGCUGGUGGGAGGCCAGGUUCCUAAGGUUCAGCCAGUGGCCUUGAUUACCAGUCCAGAGGACUCACAGCAUUAUGAGGAGGCCAGGCAGUGUGUGGAGGAGCUGGCCCUCUAUCUCAAACCUCUCAGCAACACCAGAGGUGUGGGACUGAGCAGCACGGCCCAGAGCAUGCUGAGUCGACCCAUGCAGAGGAAACUGGUAACUCUGGUCCACUGCCAGCUGGUGGAGGAGGAGGGCCGUGUUAGAGCCAUGAGAGCUGCCCGCUCUCUGGGUGAGAGAACCGUCACUGAACUCAUCUUGCAGCACCAGAAUCCACAGCAGCUCUCCUCCAAUCUGUGGGCCGCUGUGCGUGCACGAGGAUGUCAGUUUCUAGGCCCAGCCAUGCAGGAGGAAGCUCUAAAGUUGGUCCUGCUUGCUCUCGAGGACGGCUCUGCACUGUCCAGGAAGGUGCUGGUUCUCUUUGUCGUUCAGAGGCUUGAGCCACGCUUUCCGCAGGCCUCGAAGACGAGCAUUGGCCAUGUGGUGCAGCUCCUCUACAGAGCCUCCUGCUUCAAGGUGACCAAACGUGAUGAAGAUUCAUCUCUGAUGCAGCUGAAAGAGGAAUUCCGUACUUACGAGGCUUUGCGGCGCGAGCAUGACUCUCAGAUAGUUCAGAUAGCCAUGGAGGGCGGGCUGCGCAUCGCACCCGACCAGUGGUCCUCUCUGUUAUAUGGAGAUCAAUCUCACAAGUCACACAUGCAGUCUAUCAUAGAUAAGCUGCAGACGCCGGCGUCUUUUGCCCAGAGUGUCCAGGAGCUGACGAUUGCAUUGCAGAGGACCGGAGACCCAGCCAACCUCAACAGGCUGCGGCCCCACCUGGAGCUGCUGGCCAACAUCGAUCCCAGUCCUGACGCUCCUCCCCCCACAUGGGAGCAGCUUGAGAAAGGGUUGGUAGCAGUGAAAACCGUGGUGCACGGUCUAGUGGACUUCAUCCAGAACCACAGCAAGAAAGGAACUGACCCUCAACAGCCUCCUCAGCACAGCAAGUACAAGACAUACAUGUGUCGCGACAUGAAGCAGAAGGGAGGCUGUCCUCGUGGAGCCAGCUGCACCUUUGCUCAUUCUCAGGAAGAACUGGAAAAGUAUCGGAAAAUGAAUAAGCGCUUGGCAGCUCGCCUCCCCGGCUCAGGGGGGCUCAUGUCGGAUGAGGGUCUUCCUCUUGACGUAGAAGUGACCCGAAAGCCUUCCCCUCUCACCAAUGGUAGCGGUGGACCUUCCUUGCCCCAGCUCAUUGCCCGUGGCACUGACACAGUCCCGUAUGAACUGUUGCGUAAACCCAUGAAGAUGGAUGGAGGGAGUCCCAGUGCCCCGGGGUCACCACCUGAUGGCAUGGACCCUGCGCUGCCCAAACCUGGUAUGCCUUUGCCACCUCACGUCAUGGCCCACUCAAGGAUGCCAGUGGACCACCUCUCUGGGGUGAAGCACAUGCCUGUGGUCGCCAGAGGUUCACCGGCCUACCCCCAGGCCCCGCUCCCUGAGAUGUGCUAUGACACUCGCCCACCACCGUCCGCUUCUCAGUACGACCCCCCUCAAUACCCCACAGGGUACCCUUACCAACAGCCACCACAGUAUGUCCCUCGGGAUUACAUGCGUAACCCUCCUCCCCCCAGUGAGUCAGGGCCCCCUUACCAGGACCCCUAUCCUGGCUAUGGCCCUCCAGAGCGCUCCUACCAGGCCCCUCACUCUGGUCCACCUUUCUCUUACCCUCACCCUCCGCACCAUGACCGAGGUCGCCACGGGAGCUACCCUGGCCCGCCGCCUCCCCCACAGCCUUACCCAUCACAGAGGGAUGGCCUGGUCAGAAUGAGUCCCGCUCCUCUUGAUAUGCCCCCACCAUCAGCAGGACAGACUAACUCCCUCUACCACCAAGAGCCCAGUUCCCGUGAUAGAUACCCUCCAGAUGGCUACUAUACACCGGGUGCCCAGCCUCCACCCGUGAGGGCUUACGUCAGGGGGUCAUCAUAUAGUAGUUCACAGCCCAGCCUUGACUACCUGCACCGACGCCGGCAGGAGCUGUUAUCACAGCUGGAGGAGAGGAAGGUCAUAUCCCCUCCACCCUUCGCUGCCUCCCCCACUCUUCCUCAUCCCUUUCCCAGCGACUACCCUCCAGAGUAUGGCGAGGAGAACUCCAAAACCAUGGUGAACCGCAGAGAGCCUGAGUAUGCAGGGCAGUACUCUCCCUGGUCUUGUGAAACGAUUGGCUCCUACAUCGGUACAAAGGACCCCAAACCCAAAGAUGUUAUGGUUCCUGGUACCAUGGACAUGAUGAAUGCAGAGGCAAAGAGUCUGAGGGAAGCGUCACUGGAGGCGCCUCGGAGGGGUGCAGAAGUGAAAGAUGAUGACCCGAUCAUCCCAUUUGGCCCCCAGCCCACUGUAUCACGCUUCGGUGCCAUCUCCCGCACCUCAAAGACGGGCUACCAGACCACAGGCCCUGUGCAGGCUAUGGCCUCCUCUCCUCAGAACCCAAGCUCUAAACACAUGGCCAUGCCAGCAGAAUACACAUACGGAAGCCAUGGAGGAUGGGGCGGAGCUUCAUACCCCUCACACCAGACUGCCUCCUCCUCUCAGGGACACUUCAGUGAACGUCUGCCGAUGGCGGCUCCAGACAGAGAACAGUUAAAGAUUGAGCUGCAGCAGGUCAACCAGCAGAUCAACCAGCAGACCCAGAUGCGGAGCAUGGAGGCUGCCAAUAACUCUUUACUGCUGCAGAGGGAGGCCGGUGCGUUGGCAGGCCAGCCCGUGCAGCCCGGCCAGGGCCAGGCUCAACAGCAGCCCAAGUGGCCGGCAGUGGGAGCCAGUACAGCAGCUGUCUCCAGUGAACAGCUCAGCCUGGAGCUCCACCAGGUGGAGAGAGAGAUUGGCAAGAGGACCCGGGAGAUGGCUUUGGAAAACCAAGUAACCCAUGAUGUUCAGCAGUAUAAGAUUAAACCUGCAGAGAAUGGACAACCAGAGCAUAAGACUCAGCUAGAAGAAAUCUCCCUGGCUCUUGGCGAGGUGUCAAACGGCUCCAACAGCCUGCAAGACAGUGCAGUGGGCGGGUCCAUGCUGUCACUGACCAAUAAGACGUCUGCUUUGGGCUUGUGCUCUGAUCCAGGUGCCACUGGUUCAGAAAUGCAGAAGAAUGGCGUCGUCCAUUCCUGCUCAUAGGCAGGACACACUUACACACACACACACACUCAAGAUGCUCAAUUGAAAAGCAUGCACAGGCACCCAUUCUAUUUAGAAGAUGAGCAGUAUCUGCCGUGAUAUGAAUUUUCUUUCUUUUUGUUCUGUGAAUGAGCUUUUUUUAAUGACUUUCCUUGCCUGGAAACCAGAGCAUAUGAUAACAUUUCUUGUGUGUGUUAAUUUGUUUUGUUCUUUUUUUUGUACUGGGAUUAAAGAUGAACAAGGCUCACCAUUAGAUAUAUCAGGAAGAGAAAGUGGUGGUGAUGUUGACGGUGGUGUUGUAAUUUCAUUUAAAAAAAGGUUAGCCCGAUUCCAUGCCUCACUAACAUAGAACAGUCCCGUAUCUGAUCGAUCCUCCCCCGACAAGAUGUUUGGUUCAGCUGUAACUUCAGAGGAGGAGCAGAACAACAAGCCCCAUCGCGCGCACUCGGAGGAACGUCUCUCGCAAUCUGACAAUCUAGCAGAAGUCUGCCACUUGGUACUCGGCCCCAGAAACGUAAAGAAAGGUGUUUGCUCUGAUGGAGACGGUCUGAGGAGGGAACCGCAGUACAACAUUUAACAGUAUUCAGCUGAAUUGGAGAUGCGAGGUGUUUCAGAAAUCACCGUUGCAGCACAUGCACGUCUUCACCUGCCACAAGAAGUAUAAUUUUAUUAAUGCGUUUUACGAACACAUCAUGUAUGUUUCAUACUUGAAAGCAGUAUAUUCUAUAUUUAAUUGAAGCAUUCUGUUUUAAAGAUUGCAGCAAGUCUUUUUGAUAAUGAGCUUUCCACAUGUUUUCUAUAAGGGAAUCUGAUGUGCUUCUCUUGGUUGUGGUUUGGUGGCUGACGGAGAGCACAUCGUUCUGCCUCAGGAGUCCGCUGAAUGAAUGUCUUUAUAAAUUAGGGUAAUUAAGGAAUUCCCUCCUCAGAGCUUCUUGUCUACUCACACAAAAGGCCUCCCCAUUGGGAUUAUCUUGUCAUUUGUUCUCCUAACUUCUAUGAAGUUGCCUUCCCUUGUGUUUUUUUUGUGUGUUAAACUUUGCUUUACUUUUUCAUGCUUUACGUUGUUUUACGAUUUUGGUGUGCGGCCUGCCGAGUGGAGGCUUCUGUCACGGUCAGCUUCACGCGUGUCCUCCUCUCUGUUAUGAAAUGGUCAAAUCCCAAGCGAAACCUAAACGUACCAUUUGUAUUCCUCGAAAAGUAUUUGUUGUGGCGUUGUCGGCUACACAGUGCAAAUCAUGUUUACAGUUGAACUUAUCGGUGUUAAACGAAACCUACCCUCAAAGACGGCUGUCCUCAAAAAGCAGACUACAAGUUAACUUAUAUCGCCAUGAGUAUAUUUAAGCAUUUUUAUUGGCAUUACAAUAUCCUCCGUUGCUUUUCACACCUGGAUGUCAUCAUCACCACCACAACCACCACGAUUGCUCUUUACCCACCAUGUGAAUUGUUUACUGCUGAUGCUCAACACGGAGCUCGUUGCCUUUUGUAAACGAUCAGCAUGACUGGCUCCAGAUUUUACAGCUCUGCUUGGAGAGCGAGCGAGCCCUUGUCUCUGAACGGUUGAUGGAUGGAGGAGACGCUCUGGGUGGAGUGGUUCGACGCUGACCCUUCGUUUUGGUCGGGUGAGGGUCACCGAGAAAACGUCCCCGAUAACCGAUGAGUCCAAAAAUAAAGACAAAUGUUUUGCGUCUCUCAUCUGGGCACUCCGAUGGGCAUCUCUUCCGAUAUGUCGGCGCCACGAUAGAAGAUGUUUGGGUUUUUUCUUUUUUUUAAUUUUCCUACCACACUUCAAGCCUCUGGCUGCUCCUUGCUACAUGUAUUGUUUAGGUACACAGCUCACUUAUACAUAUGAGUAUGUAUACGUACAUUAAUAUACUAAAGCACUAUUAAUGUGCCACCUCUUAUUUUACUCGCUCAGCAUUUAUAUUAAAUGAUCUCUAUUUAGAAUCAGCUAAAUGUUUGUUUCUUUUUGUUUGAUUUAUUUUUCUGUCCACUGGUUGCCAACACAGACUUUAUCCUUUCCCAGACGAAGGACUUCUGUGCGCAUUGAUGCGUGUUCACUUAAUCUUUUGUGUUCAAACAAAGAUGUUCUUUAUAGACUAUGCUUCCGAAGAAGUCAAAAUUCUGUAACUUUGGAAAAUUUAUGGAGAAGUUUUGUGUGUGUGCUAGAUUGUAUUGUAGAAAAUGUACCCUACGUUUUUUUUUCUCUCUCUCUUUCUCAAAGUGUGCUGUACUGGGUGAUAGUUUUGAGGUAUUAGAAAAGUGUUGUUUUUUCCCCCCAACGUCUCUCCCCAAGAGGAUAUUCAGGAAGUCUCCGAUGAUAGGUUGGCCUUAAAUCCUCUUGCCCCUUUACCUCCUCUGCUUUAGGAGCACGGGGUGAUUCCAAAAAUACUAAUCGACACUGAAUUUGACCGAUUUAGAGUCACACAGAUGGACUCUAGUUCGAUUCCCCCCCCCCCCCCCUCACUUUUUGAAAAUAUAAUGUAGUACAGCGACAUGCAGAUAAUGCAAAUCUCAAGAUUUGAAGCAAAAUAUGUUCUUGUUUUUUUAAGGAAACGUAGUUUGUAGUCCUUUUUCUCUUCCUCUUGUUUUUUUGUUUCUGCAACAGUUUAGUGAAUUUACUGACCUGCAAGUCUUACAGUCGUUAACGCAUCACCUGCCCUGAUGUGAGUCAGCAGAGAAUCUGAGUGACAUUCACACGAUAGUCUUGUUCUCCGUAGACGUACAUUUACAAGAAAUUGGCCCGCCAGCUUUAAUUCUGCUGUCAUAACGCCACCAAUUGGCGACCGAUGGUGUUAAUUCAAUAUGAUAUUUCUCACCCUCUCGAAGUACAAGUCAACCAAAACCAACACAAAGCUGAGUCUACCUGAGGCGUCCCUUCAGGUCGGAGUGAGCCUAAACCCCCUGUAGCUUCGCAGAACCAACAUGCGAGGACUACUCGGGGCGGUUUAGCAAAGAUGUUCAUUUCAAUCUCCUUUGUGUUUUUGUAUCUGAGUGGAACUGCUGCCUCUGCCCCUCAUUUACAUAACCAGUUGACCCCUCCACUUCCACCACUGAACUCUGUUACUGCUGUUUGAGGCUCACAUUUUAUUCCCUGACUUUCUGGGGAAAUUCGCAAAUGGCUAUUUUAUAUGAUUACUCCCUUGUAAAAUAUCUCUUAAAUUAAGGUACAGGUUUGAUUUCAGCAAGAAAAAGGUUUUUAUAUGUAUAUUAUACUCCAUUAAGGAAUGUCUAGAAAUAUCUUCCUCCAAUGUGGAUGUAGCCAUUAUUACGCCAUUUUAUGACUUUGUAAGAGAAUUCACUGUGUGAAAAUUGGUUUGCAUUUUUGUAUAAUACAAUCUGCUUUUUUUUUCGUUUGAUACGAGAGGGAGGUCAAACUGGAAGUUUGAAGAGAGAAAAAAAUGAACCUGUGAAAUUGAGAAAACAAAGUGUAACUUAUGUACAACAGUGAUUCUAAGCUGAGGGGAAAUGAUUAAAUGAUAUUGCUAACUGAA